GGGUGGCGUAGCGGCAGCGAGGUGACAGCUGAACGGGAGGUGGAGGAGCAGCAUCGCGGUCCGGAGCCUCGACAACACUCGCUACUAAACUCCCGGUUUUAAAGAGCCGCACCGACCCGUUGCACCGUGAGACGCCUUCCUCCAACCACCGGGGGCCGGGUGUGACUCCACCAGCGGAUAUAAACGCAUAUAAACUUCCUUUUUUUCCACCGAGCGAACAGGGACCGUGUCCGGAUGUGCCAGCCGUGUCGGGUGUUUCGCAUGGCGCAGCCACCUUUUUCCUGAAGCGGGGUAUCCUUCGUGUUCGCAGGGGUCGGAGGAGGCCCUCGGGUCGGCAGCUUAUCCCACUAUCGCCUCUCGUAGACGUCCGCAUUUACCGAUUUGAGGGAGGAAAAAAUAAAACGAUUUAACGACAUGAUUGAGCAAUAAGAAGAAGAAGAAGAGGAAGAAGAAGACGCACGUCCUGACUGACCCAGAGAGAGAGAGAGAGAGAAGAAGAAGUCGUCUCUGUGUUUUUGUUUCCUUCCUUUCAAAUCAACGUCGUGCGCUUCCAGUGGCUGUUUCCUGGGAGGAGGAGGACACAGGGAAUAAUCGUACCCUUGUGCAUGAGUGUGUGCGCCUGUGAGUGUGUGUGAACCCCCUCCGAGGACCGGGUCAACCUUCGAGAUGACGGGCAGCACCCCAGCGGACAUGAUAAACCUGCGGCUUAUUUUAGUCAGCGGCAAGACAAAAGAAUUCCUCUUCUCUCCAAAUGAGUCGGCUGCAGACAUCGCCAAACACGUCUACGAUAACUGGCCGAUGGACUGGGAGGAAGAGCAGGUCAGCAGUCCUAACAUCCUGAGGCUCAUCUACCAGGGACGUUUUCUACACGGCAACGUAACUCUAGGAGCCCUCAAACUGCCCUUGGGGAAGACCACAGUGAUGCAUUUAGUUGCCAGAGAGACUUUGCCUGAGCCAAAUUCCCAAGGUCAGAGGAACAGAGAGAAGACCGGGGAGAGUAACUGCUGUGUCAUCCUGUAAAUACACACCUCCGCUGCCAGCCCUCUUUACCCCGCUCAUCGCCUCUCGCCCUCGACGUUCUGGACCCAAUGAGCUCGUCCCUGUCCUGUCCUGGAGUCUGUCCACCCUGCGGACAUGCACACGGACAAACAAAUACGCUCUCCUCCUCCUCUCCAUCUUCUUUUCCUCUUCCUCUUCUUCUUCCCUCUUUCAUACACUCACACGUAACAUGGAGAGACAGCAGGUGCAGUCAGGCUGAUCCAGAGUCAGGAGCAGAAAAACGAUAGAGUUGAUUCCUUCGUUGCAACUUGAUUUGUUGUCAUAACGGAAAAUUAGAGGAAGGAAUUCGAUUUGCAUGUUUUUUUUGUUCUUUCUCUCUUAAUGCACACCUUUUAAAGCCUUCUGCCACACACAUACAGACACACGCACACACACUCACACACACACACGCACACACACACACACACACACACACACACACACACACACACACACACACACACACACACACACACACACACACACACACACACUCACACACACACUCACACACACACACUCAUGCACAGACAUGGACACAUUGUCAAGCCAUCCUCAGCAGCUCUGUUCAAAGUCAGUCUCUAUGCGGCUCCUCAUUCUAGCUGGUUGUAAAAGUGAUGCAGUGCCACAGUUUGUGUGCGUGGCCUUGUUUUGUCGUACAGACUGCAGAGAUUUUUAACCACUAACAACACACACACACACACACACACACACACACACAGAGACAACGUCAAUGUGCUUGUGUGAUCUCCCUCAGUGCAGCAGAUGAAGCUUAGACGUGCCUGAUCAGAGAACUCAAACCAGGACACACACACACAAACACACACACACACCUUGUGUCCUUUAUACUGCCCUCCUCUGCAUGUGCCCUUAAAGGUCACAAACAAGAACGUCCUUUUUGUCUGCAGAGCGCUGUGGAGAGAGCGAACACGUCUCUCUCUCCACAGCCGGUCGCAUUUCUAGCCAAACGCGGCCUAAACAAACAGACAAACAGCCAAACAACCAGUGUUGGGCCUCUUGUUUUGGGUUCAUCGUUUGUCCGUGUGUGUUUUGACAGUCCGUGCAUAGAACUGACCGACCAGUGUUGUGAUGAAUUAAACGUCACGACAGCUCCCCCCCCCCCUAAAAGGAAAGGCUCGUCGCGCUCCCGUUUUUUAACAGUGUUGUGAAGGAUCUCUCUGACAGCUGCUGUACGAGCAGGGAAAUUAGCUCUGAAUGAAAUUUGCUCCUUAGUCGUCUUAAUUUGCUUCGUUCCCCCCCCCCCCUCUCUCUUUCUCUCUCUCUCUCUCUCUCUCUCUCUCUCUCUCUCUCUCUCUCUCUCUCUCUCUCUCUCUCACUGCAUUAAUAAAUCCUUUUUGCACAACUGAAGCACGUGCUCCCUCAUCAGAUUAUGAAAAAAAUUGUACAAAAAGUUCUACGGUUUUAUUUUAUAUUUUUCCAAUGGAAGUGAAUUUCCGGUCAAAGGUAACGUGUAGAAUAUAUUUAAUAUGAAUCUUACAUAGAACACGAUGACUCUAGAUCUUAUUGAUAUACAGUAUCAUUGGUGUUUAGUCUAUGAUUGUGUAUGCGGUUUCGCUUCUAGCCAGUUCACAGUCACUCGCUGACAACGUCUUGUGCUAACCGGCAGAAAAGAUCCUCCCUAAUCAUCGACCGACUGUAUUCUUACUUUUCUUUCUUCUGUUUCUCAUUUGUUUCUUUUUCUUUUUUCAUUUUGUUUAUAAUUUAAUGUAAUGCUUUUUUCUUUCUGUGUGUGUUUGUGUGUUUUUUUGUUGUUGUUUUUUUUCUUUGCUUUGAAAGAAUCGCUUUGUAACAGCACUAGGUCUUAAAAAAAAAUAUAUAUUGUUUAUAUUGAUCAGGGUUCAAAUCUGUACAGAGAUAAAUGUUUUCAAACCAAUUGUAAAUAGCACUAAUGCUCCCUGUCCCUCCUCCGAACUUCAAAAUGGAAUAAACAUCUGUAAACUAAAUAAAGAUUAUUGAAGUGC